AUGUCUAUAGGGCCUUAUCUGGUGGCACUUUUCGAUGAUGUGGAGAUUAUCAAGCGACGGUGGUCGACUGGCUAUACGUCUGCCGAUCUCGUUCUUCUCUCUGACAACGAUCCACUCAAUGAUUGGGAAGGCUAUAUACGUCUUGCCGGCCACCUUCGAGCAGUUGGCAUGUGGGAUGCCACUGUCGCAGCUUGGUCCCUGGUCAGCCCGAAUCCCGACUACUCGAACCCCCGGAAACCCCGGGGGCCUAUGGAUAUCUUUUGCGAGGGGGGCUGUGGGGCCCACUGGACCUAUGCGGAUGACCUCUAUGUGUGCAAAACUUGCCCAGGUGUUCAUUACGACAAAGCCUGCGCGGACGAAUUGCGGGCGGGGACGCUCGCAGUGGAGAUCUGCAGCCAUGAUCACGAGUUGCUGCAUGUUCCGCCCUAUGAUCCCAUCGCCCAAGCGAGGAUCGGCGAAGGCAAUGUCCGCGUGGGCGGGGAGGUCCUCAGUGUCAAGGCAUGGCUUGAGCGGAUUAGACAGGAAUGGGGGCUAGAGUUGGGAGGCUAG